CACAUCGCUUCUACAACAAUUUCUAAAGCACCGGUAUGGAUUACUACUCUAUCGUCGGCGUCUCAGCCUCUGCCGACUCGAACCAGAUCACCUCUGCCUAUCGGAAGGCUUCCCUGAAAGUGCAUCCAGACCGAAACCCGGAUGACCCCCUAGCAUCGGAGAAGUUCCAGGCCUUGAAGACCGCAUUCGAGAUCCUCCUAGACCCCAUCAAACGAGCAGAAUUCGACGCCAAGCGAGCCACUCAAGCGGCCCGGACCGCCCGCUUCGCCGGCUUGGAUAACAAGCGGAAGGCACUGGCGCGUGAUCUCGAGGCUCGUGAAGAGGCCUAUCAGAAACAACAGACCGACUCUCUCCAAAAAGCCGCCAAGAUUAGAAAACUUGAAGAGAUCAAAGCUGCUGGUGCUAAAUUACGCCAGGCAAAGAUGUCCGAACUCGCUGCUGCUACUAUCCCCACACCUUCUACUCAACCUGCUAAACCAUCCCCUGUCCAAUCAACCUCCCCACCCGCCGCUCCUGUCGAAACUUGCGACACUCUGGAAUGCACGUUGCGAUUCAAAUGGACUAGGAAGAAGCUCCCCGACCUCAACACAGUCGAAGAUCUAUCCACUCGAAUCUGCUCCUGUGAUCUCAUCAAGACCUCAGACAUAGAAUCGGUCGUCAUCUCUACAAAGAACUCAUCCGAGUCAGGUGUCUCCAGUAAAAAAGGAUCAGCAGUGGUCUGCUUCAAAACAGUAGCACUCUGCAAUCGAUUCUUCGACUUUGCCCAAGCCGAUCCCGAUUGGACAAAUUGUGCUGUCACCAGACUGUGCUCAAGUUCUUGAUUUUCCUUUGUAAACGUUAGGAUUAUGUAUAAUAUUCGAGCACUUGGUAGCAAACCAGGCUGCACCAUACCCCCGCUAACAAACAUGAGCA